UCCAAUUCACAAAUGUCAGUGAGUUUCUUUAAGUACCUAUUUCUAAUUCUUGCGUUGACUUUGUCUACGAUAUGCUGUUUCAAAUUAAUUUGUUAUUAAUUCUAUGUCAGUACGAAUAAAAUGUGCAUUUUCUGAGUAUCAAUAACAUUCGGAGUCUAUUCAAUUUAAUUGCUAUUUAACACUUAAAACUAACCUUGUUCGGUUUCAUCUGACUUGUUUGUUUUUUGAAGGGAAACGUUAAAUUUUGGUUUGGAAAAUGAGUUACAACUCUGGUGGGAGUGGGGGCAAGGGGUUUGGGUUCGCAGGAUUCACUAUGCCGAAGCGGAACCCUUCGAACGUGUCUCUUCAUGCGGUUCCACCGCCAACCACCCCUAUGCAUGCCGUGCCGCCCCCCACCUCUGGGCUUUCCAAGCAGGGCUAUUCUACGAUGACCUCUAUAACGCAGAAUGCUGUUACUGGCAAUUGGGGCACGCUAGGAAAGAAGCGGUCAAAAACUGAGGAUGAGUACUUUGAUGAAGAUGAUGAGCCUCCAACUCCGGCACUAGCAUACAUACCAGCUCCAGGCAGUCCCACAUAUGACCAAGCAUCUGGUUCUAAGGCUAAUGAAGAAGAAGAAGACCCCCUGGACGCCUACAUGGCUGGGUUGGAGAAGCAAGCAGCCAAGGACAUGGUCGCGAGCAAGGAGAAUGCUGCCAGUGGGAAAGGGGAUAGUAACAGAGGAACCCGGGGGGAUAUCGAUGAGAUGGACGAUGAGGAGAGUUAUUACAAGUACAUGGAAGAAAACCCCCUCAACCAUGAUGACGGCUCAGAUAUUGAAAUCGAGUAUGACGAGGAUGGCAACCCCAUACCACCUCCGAAGAAGAAGUUCAUUGACCCAUUGCCUCCCAUAGACCACUCAGAGAUUGAAUAUGAACCGUUUGAGAAGAACUUCUAUACGGAACACGAGGAUAUAGAGAAACUGACUACACAGCAAGUCGAAGAGUUGAAGAAGAAUUUAGGAGUGAAGAUAACAGGGCCUGAUCCUCCGAAGCCGGUGAGCAGUUUCGGCCAUCUCGGCUUCGACGAGCAGUUGAUGAAGGCCAUCCGUCGCUCGGAGUACUCGCAGCCGACGCCCAUACAAGCCGCUGGCGUGCCUGCGGCUUUGUCCGGGAGGGAUCUCAUUGGUAUCGCACGAACUGGUUCCGGCAAAACGGCAGCAUUUUUAUGGCCCUUGCUCGUGCACAUCAUGGACCAGAAGGAGUUGGCGCCGGGAGAUGGACCUAUAGGGCUUAUACUAGCGCCUACUAGAGAAUUGGCUCAACAGAUCUAUAUGGAAGCGAAGAAGUUCGGCAAAGUGUACAACAUAAGAUGUGUGUGCUGCUAUGGAGGCGGCUCCAAGUGGGAGCAGACCAAAGCGUUGGAAGGUGGCGGUGCAGAAAUAAUAGUGGGUACUCCUGGCAGAGUGAUAGACCUCAUUAAAUGUAAGGCAACCAAUCUGCAGAGGGUCACGUACCUGGUGCUUGACGAGGCUGAUCGGAUGUUCGACAUGGGCUUUGAGCCACAAGUCCGCAGCAUCUGCAACCACGUCCGACCGGAGAGACAGGCGUUGCUGUUCUCGGCGACUUUUCCCCGCCGCGUGGAGCGUUUGGCGCGCGACGCCCUGCACGACCCCGUGAGGGUGCAGCACGGGGCCGCGGGCGAGGCCUGCGAUCUGGUCACGCAGCACGUCAGAAUAUUCAACAAGCCAGACGACAAGUGGACGUGGCUUCUACAAAACCUGAUCGAAUUCCUAUCGGCCGGCAGCGUUCUCAUAUUCGUCACUAAGAAGUUGGAAGCGGAGCAGACGGCCGCCAACCUGGGCGUGCAGCAGUAUGACGCGUUGCUUCUACACGGCGACAUGGAGCAGGCUGACAGGAACAAAGUGAUCACGGCCUUCAAGAGGCAUGAGACCAGCAUUCUGGUCGCUACUGAUGUCGCUGCCCGUGGUCUGGACAUUCCCCACAUCAGAACGGUCGUAAACUAUACGGUGUCGCGGGACAUAGACACACACACACACAGAGUGGGCAGGACCGGCCGCGCUGGGGUCCGGGGCUCCGCAUACACGUUGCUGGAUCGACAUAAGGAUAAAGACUUUGCUGGGCAUUUGUUAAGAAACUUGGAGGGAGCGCAGCAGGAGGUGCCGGAGGAGCUGAGCAACCUGGCGAUGCAGUCGGCGUGGUUCCGCAAAUCGCGCUUCAAGAAGAGCAAGGGAAAAAACCUCAACGUCGGCGGCUGCGGACUGGGAUACAAGGAGCGGCCGGGGCUGCCGCCGCCGGGCCCGGAGCCGGCGCCGGCGGCCGGCGGCCCCGCCACCGACCGCCUCGCCUCGCUCAAACAGGCCUUCCGCUCACAAUACAACCAGUUCACAGCAUCGUCAGACCACUCUUGGGAGCAAACUUUGACGACAAUCCAACCCGGGGUCAACGCCCCCGCAUCUCAGUCUCAAGAGUCCAAAGCGGAAAGAAUUCGCAAGAGCGGCAAAAAGAGUCGCUGGGAGUAGUUAAUAUAGAUUUAAAACUAAUAAAAUCUCGGCUAUGGCGUGAAUUGUUGGAUAAGGAUCGAACUUGAAGUUUAUGAAGGUAGAUGCGACAAUUUGAGCGAUGAAUACUAAAAAAAAAAUCAGAAUAAGCUUUAGCAUUUGAUAGCUCCUCGGCCUAUCAAAAUUAGAAUCAAAUUUAGCUUCGUUGUGAUUGGCCUGAAACUUCUUGAAUUGACGAAAAAGUAUAAAAAAAUUUAUAUUGUCUAUGUGCGACAAAAGGGCUCCGGAUUGAAAUCUGAAAUCAAUGAAAUUAAGAAUGAAAACAAAGGUCGUGAGGCAAAAGUCUAUGUCACGGAACAGAGUAGGAUGGAAAAUAAUCCAUCGACAAUACCCUCGAUGUUACAUUUGAUUGAUUAAAUCGUAUAAUAAUAAUUACGUUUAAAUAGUACUCUUUUCACAAAGGGAAGUAGAAUUGUAACAUUUAUGCUUUUCGGAGUGUACAAGGUCGUAAGAAGAUACAUAAUUUAGCAAAAAGACUUUAUAAACGAACGGAGAGUGGUUCUAUAGAAUCAAAUACGCUAGUAAAGGUUAAAAUGAUUGAUUUGUGUUAAAAAGUGUGUAAUGAAAUUAUAAAAUGUAGGAAAGAAUGAAAGAAAUAAUUAUUUUGUAUUUAAUAUAAUGGCGAUACAGUCGCUUUUUUUAGAUAGUACUGUUAUGUAUGAUAGUAAUAUUAUGUAUGAUUUGAUUAUAUUAUUAUUAUUAUGUAUCUCCUUUUAUAAAUUCACGGCACAAAGUCCGGUCCUUUGAGAGGCUUGCGUGGGGAUAUGGAUCCAACACGUAGAGGCCCUUUGGAGAGUUUUGAUUUUGUGUAGAUCUCCCGCCAAAACCCGCUCGCGGAUAUACCAAUAAAAUUAUAUGCCCAUGGCGGGAGUGUGAACUAUUGCAGAAUAAUGGAUAGUAUUAUUAUAUAUAUUAUUAUUAUUAAAUGUAAAUGUAUGAUUUUUGUUCCACGGAUUGUUCUUUUUUAUUUCUCAAAUAUUAUAUUGAAACAGUUAAGUAUAUUUUUGUAUAGCAUUACUGUAUUGUCUAUUAUAUGGAGUUCACAUUUAUAAAAAAAUAACACAUUUUUGUGUUUCGAUUGUGUGAAUGGCGUCAAGUUUUAUUUAACACAAUAAAUAACAUGACAUGAGACAGUACUGGAUGACCGUGAUAUACAAAAUUGCACAUUUUAAGUAAAGAUUUAGAUUCCAAAAAUAUAUGUAAGAUAGCAGGAGCGCAACGAAAAAUGUCUGUAGUUUUAUCUGUCUAUGGUUAUGCGCCAUUUUGCUAUAGCGCAGGCAAACCAUAGACACGUGAGGUCCCAAGGUCAUGGCGAACAUUGUAAGAAAGCACAGUCAACAUCACAUCAACCUACCCAAAUUAAUUGCAAACUCGUCGCUAUUACCGCGCCAUAGAGGUUCAUGCAGGGUAGCUUGAUGUGCGGUCGACUGUACGAUACGCUCAUGAUCUGUGUGCGAAUGGUUCUAUUUACGCUUUCACCAAUUUAUUUGACUCCCAACUUAAAAGUUUGAUUCAAACUUAUAACAGCCCUCUUUUCGCGUCGGGGGUUAAAAAGAUGCAAGUAAGAUUUUAUUUAGACACCGGACUAAAACCGCUUUAUCCACAGAUAAAGCGAAACUUUUCACUUUAAAAUUCACUUUUGAUAGAAUUGCAAGUCUCAUUAUACUAUAAAUAAUAUUAUCAUGUCUUUUAAUAAUUUUACAUCAAUAAAAAUUGUAAUAGAAAUUUUGGGAAAUUAUUUUCUUGUGAAUGUUUUACUUUAGAAUGUAUAUAUAACAAAAACACAAUUUUACGAAUUGCGAAUGAAAUGGCAGUUUUGUGCAAGCGAGAAGUACAGUGUGCCUCGGUUAUAAACUUCAGGUAUGGUAUUAUGUGUGUGUUGUUAGUGCAUUUAAAAAGUGUCUUGAAAGUAUUCAGUUCUAAACAAACACCAACUUCCAGAAAAUGUGGUUAAAAAAUUUAAUUGUAUGUUUAUUGCUGUACAUUAUGUGAGGUAAACGGCACGUCAAGGUACUCUGCAUAGCCCUUAAUCCGCACUGGUAAUAGCGGUGAGUUUGCAAUGAAAUUUUUGCAGGUUGACGUGGUGUUGACCGUACUUGUUUGAAGUAUGUAUUUAUAUGAAUAUUGUAAGAGUAACAGUGCGCUGAGGGCGGAGUGGGGUUUGCAUAUUAUACGAGUAUCUCACUAUUGAGUCGAUACGCAGGUAAACGCAGCAAACCAAUCACAUUGCGGAGUGAUUGUCGUCGCGUCACAAUGCCGCUCUGUGAUUGGUUAGCUGUGUCUCACUGCGAAUCGACUUGAUAGUGAGAUGUGAAUUGCAAACCCACACUUCAUGUCACAUGCAGCUAGUGUGAACGUGUCACAGUGUCUAUGUAAAUAGAAAAAUAAAGUGAUAUUUCAUGCAAA